UUAUGAAUUACCAGAACUAAGAGGCAAGGUCGAGGAUGAAAACAGUUCGGUUUACGGCCUAAGGAACCGAUCAAGUAUAGGCGACAGAGAAGAAAUUGGUGACGACGAAUUUCUCCUGAGUGGAAGUAAACUUUCGGAGGAUGAAAAUUCACCGAUUCCCAUCGUUUCCGCGGCAGUCAGCGUUAAAGACGAUCCAUCACUGCCCUGUAUUACGUUUCGAUUUUGGGUUCUAAGUACUUUGUUCACAUCUCUUGGAGCAGCAGUAUCGGAAUUCUAUUAUUUUCGAUCUAACGGUGGCGGUUAUUCCAUAUUUUUUGUGUUACUGGUUUCAUACGUUCUUGGGAUAUGGAUGGCUCAAGUACUUCCAAAAGACGAAAUCAGGUUUUACAAAUGGAAGUUUAGUAUGAAUCCUGGACCAUUCAACGUCAAAGAACACGUGCUUAUUUCUGUGGCGGCGGGAGCCGGUGGCUUUUCAGCGUACGGCACGGAUAUCAUUGCUAUACAAGAAUUGUUUUAUGAUCAACAUGCGGGAUUUUUGAUUGGCAUGAGUCUUCUUAUGAGCACCCAGAUGAUAGGCUAUGGAUUAGCUGGAUUUUUGAGAAAAUAUCUUGUUCGUCCGGCUAACAUGUUGUGGCCAUCAAACUUGGUGUUCUCUAGCCUUUUCUCUACCCUUCACGGGAGCAUCUCCGACACAUCUGACAAACUAAAAUUUUUCACCGUUGCCUUUAUAUCAAUGUUUAUAUGGCAAUUUUUCCCACAAUUCAUAUUUCCGUGGCUAACAAGCAUUUCACUGCUAUGCUUGGUCAAGCCAUUUAACAAAGAUGCCAUACUAUUAGGAAGCGGAUAUCGUGGUUUAGGAAUAUUAAACUUCUCAUUAGAUUGGAAUGCUAUAGGACAGCCAGGUCCACUUUAUACUCCAUGGUGGGCACAGAUUAACUGGUAUGUUGGCAUAAUUAUCGGUAGUUGGAUAAUUGCCCCGAUUUUGUAUUACAAUAAUUUUUGGAUGGCUAAGUCUUUUCCUUUCUUAGCCACAUAUUCGUUGAAUAAGAAUGGAGAACGUUAUAAUCAAACUGCCAUUAUAGACUCGGAAACCGGGAUGCUGAACGAGACAGCAUACCGGGAAUAUGGACCAGUAUACCUAAGUGUAACAUUUGCGGUUGGAUAUUUCUACUCUUUUAUAUCCUUCACGGCAGCGAUAUCACACGUGGUCCUAUUUUAUGGAGAGGAAAUUUGGGGAAGAUUUAAGGCAAGUCGAUCGGAAGAAGUUGAAGAUAUUCAUUGUAAGAUGAUGAAGAACUACGAAGAGAUUCCCAACUCGUGGUAUGCGUGCAUAUUUGUGACCAUGUUGGUGAUAUCCAUGGUUUUGUGUUAUAUAUCUGGAUCGCAUUUACCCUGGUGGGGCUUAUUGAUCGCCGUUGGUCUUGCGAUGAUUAUGGUGUUACCCAUAGGUGUCAUCCAGGCAGUUUCUAAUAAUCAAGUUGGACUCAAUGUCAUAACAGAGAUGAUUUGCGGUUAUAUAUUUCCGGGUCGUCCAAUAGCGAAUGUUUACUUUAAAUGUUAUGGCUACAUGGCGAUGCACCAAUGUCUAUCGUUUGUUUGUGAUUUAAAGCUAGGCCAUUACAUGAAAAUUCCUCCUAAAGCAAUGUUUACAGCACAAUUGUGGGGCACAAUCGUCGGUGCAUUCAUUAAUUAUUGGAUCUUACAACUGAUAAUAUUGACAAAACGACCCUUUUUAGAUGGAACUGUUAAAGACCCGACGGGUCAAUGGACCGGUUAUAGAUCGCAAGUUUUCAAUACAGCUUCAAUAGUCUGGGGAUUAAUAGGACCUGGGAGGACAUUUGGAUCAGAAUCUUUAUACAACCCUUUACUGUGGGGAUUUCUUAUAGGAUUUAUUGCACCUAUUCCAUGUUAUCUUUUACACAAAAGAUAUCCAAAAGCAUGUUUUAACUUGAUCACCGUGCCCUUGAUCUGCAACGGUCUAGGCCUUCUUCCGGGGACAUAUACCAAUUUCAUAAUAACUGGCUUUAUUGCUAGCUUCUUGAGCCAGUUUUGGGCAUAUCACUACUACCCCGAGUGGUGGAAAAAAUAUAAUUAUGUUCUUUCUGCUGCAUUUGACAGUGCAUCGCAAAUAGUUACAAUGGUCAUAUUCUUCUUUUUCAGCGUCCUAUUCAAUACAUCAUUUCCCGAGUGGUGGGGUAACGACUAUAAAUCUCAAG